AUGGGGAAGGGAGAGGGACUGCACUCUUUGGAGCUAAAAGCCCUCAGCGUUCCCGCAUCACUUCGCUUCCUACUUGGUGUAGAGUACGAUGUCGUGCUGUGCGUAACGGAGGUAGGCAAUCGGCGAUCGUGCACGAUUCGCUUUCCUGCUCUUGUGGACACGUUCCAAAAACUUCUGGGAUUCUGCGCGGAACGGUUUGGGCUCGAGUGUAAGCACUACGAUGAUCAUUCACUCCUCUCCGGUACCGCAAUGAUGCCGCCUCUGCGCUAUGUCGACUACCUACCCGGGGCGCUGCAUGUGGAGGAAAUACUGGAAUGCCUGGGAGUCAAGCCUGCUACGGCACCAGAGCGCUAUGGGGAAUCAGCGCAUGAUUUUCUUGCGUCCUUCAUCGACUACAGUGAGUACCACACAGAUGCCUCACUUGCAGAUGUACACGGCACGGGCUUUUACUUGACACUGGACUACGGACUAUGUACUGCCACCCACAGCCAUCUUGUAGAGAUUCGGUUUCACAAGGGAUACAGCACGGAGGAAGCACUACGGGAGUUUGAAGAGUUUAGUGGAUGGAAUACCUUUGAUUUGCGUUUUGACGACGAGAACGACAAACACGCAGGUGGAGUAGUAGUAAUGCCGUCGAUCCAGGACGCAUGUGAUCUAUUUGAAAAGUAUGAAGAUGAAGACUCUGAUGAUGAAGGUGAGCUGCUUCCGUUUGUGCUCCGCCCCUUUGCGCCACUCGUGGCAGUUCCUUCUGUGGAGGACUCUGCUCUAAAGAAACUGCGCGAUCAGCAUUGGGGUGAGAUUGAGAAAUUUUGGGAACGCUUUCCCAAGUGGCGCAAUUGCGUAGUGGUUUCAAAUCUUUAUGAAUCGGCAUCACUGGAAGAGACACUCGCAUUCUUUGAUGGCCUCACUAUCACAGACUCCUCACUUGUGGAGGACAACUCACCUGCACGACGGCGACGUGUAUUUGUGACGUUUGCCACAUCCGAUGCGGCCAAAAAGGCGCUUUCGUUGGAUGGCAGAAGUACAAAAGGAAAGACUCUACGAGUGCAGGUAUCACCACCGUAUGUUGAUGAGAGCCGCCGUGGGCGUGUCGUGGGAAGUCAUUCCGCCUCGGUGUCGGAGCCACCCAUACAAACGCCAGAAGUGGGGGAGUGUACAGCGUCUUCGAGCCCGCCGCUGCAGGAGAAGCGUGAGGCAGGUGCUGGUGGCGGAUUUGAGGUGACCGCGCCUCCGGGCAGAGAGCAGCGACGUAGCAAGCGCGACGGCGAUGACAAGAAGUGGGAUACACCCGUCUUGGUGAGCAGCACACCAAAACUUGUUGGUGCUGCCGCUGUUGCCGAGGCGGAGGAGAGCCGUUCAUCGACGUCGAUGCCGCCGCAUUCGACCAUGCCAGCACAGCCGUUCAGCAGCCCGCCGCUGGUGGCAUCCACCAUGAACGCCAACGCACGUGAAUUCAUUCCCUCAUCCGCGUUUCAGGUCAAUGCCAAUUCGCCUGAAUUUUACCCGUCGGCGGUACCGGUCGCGUACAUGGAUGAGUGUCUCGCGCCACCACCACCGGCAUACCCCGCCGUCGCCGUCGCGCCNACGGAUGAGUGUCUCGCGCCACCACCACCGGCAUCCCCCGCCGUCGCCGUCGCGCCCGUUAGCCUGCUACGCCCCGUAGCCGCUGGCCCCGUGCACCGCAGCCCGAAGGUGGGCGCCGCGCCGCCGCCGUACACGGCGCCACCGCCAUACUCCGUCGCAGCGGUGCAGGCCAUGCACAUUGCGUCACAGCUUCCGCCGCCGUCGUCGCCGCCAAUGUGA